AUGGAGGAAAGUGGUCAACUUAGUGAUUUUAAAUUACCAGAAGGUAUUAAAGAUCCAUCACUAGAGUUUGAUUUAAUAGAAUGUUUAGGUAGAGGAUCAUUUGGAUCAGUUUAUAAGGCGACUUAUAAAAAGACAGGUAACAUUGUCGCUGUAAAAUUAGUACCAAUCAAUGAAGAUUUUCAAGAGAUUUUAAAAGAAAUUAAUAUUAUGAAACAAUGUAAAUCAAAAUAUGUAGUUCAAUAUUAUGGUAAUUAUUUUAAAGAUGAAACUUGUUGGAUUAUUAUGGAAUAUUGUGCAUUUGGAUCAGUUAGUGAUAUGAUGAAUAUAACAAAUAGAGUAUUAAAUGAAGAACAAAUUGCAUUAGUAUGUUAUAGUACAUUGAAAGGAUUAUAUUAUUUACAUAGAAAUAGUAAGAUUCAUAGGGAUAUUAAACCAGGUAAUAUAUUAGUAUCAGAGGAAGGUGAAUGUAAAUUAGCAGAUUUUGGAGUGAGUGGACAAUUGAGUGAACGUACCAGAAAGAGAAAUACGGUUAUUGGUACACCAUUCUUUUUAGCACCAGAGGUUAUUCAAGAGGUUGGUUACGAUAAUAAAGCAGAUAUUUGGGCAUUAGGUAUCUCUGCUAUUGAAAUGGCAGAAUUUCAUCCACCAUAUCAUGAUUUACACCCAAUGAGAGUGUUAUUCAUGAUUCCAACUUCAACAUCACCAACUUUGAAAGAACCUCAUAAAUGGUCACCGGAAUUCUCUGAUUUCAUCGCAUUAUGUUUAGCAAAAGAGCAAAGUCAAAGACCAUCCGCUAAAGAUCUCUUAAAACAUUCCUUUUUUGAAAAGAAAUUAAAAGGUAGUUAUGUUAUGAAAUCGUUAUCUGAAACUGCUCAAAUGGUCAUUGAAAGAUGUGGUGGUAGAGAAGAAGCUGUUAAAGCUGCUGCUGAAAGAAAAUCAAAACAAUCUGGUGUUUCAGUUGAUUUUAUUCAUUGUGAAAGUGUUGAUGAACCAGAUAGUUCAGAUGAAGAAGAUUUAUUAGAAAGAAAUAAUAAGAGAUUAAGUACUCAAAUUCAACAAAAGAAAGAACAACAAGCUCAACAACAACAACAACAAGCUCAACAACAACAACAACAACAACAACAACAACAACAACAAUAUCAACCACCAUCACCAAAUAAUAAUAAUAGAACAACAACAAAAAAUAAUGAUAUAAAUGAAUUAGAUUCUUUAUUAAAUAAUAUGAUGAUGUCAUCAUCAGCAUCAGCAUCAACAUCACCAUCACCAUCUUCUAUAUCAUCAAAUGGUAAUAAGAGUGGUACUACUACUAAUGAUUAUCAUACUGGUAAUGGUAGAACAUCAUCAUCAUCACCACAAUUUGGAUUACAACAUCAAAAUUCAAGUAAUAGUUUCCCAUCAUCACCAAAUACAGUACCAAGUGUUGAGAGUAAACCAAGACAACCAGCAUCGGAAUUGGAUGAUUUAUUAGAGGAAAUGAUGAAUCCAUCAUUUGGAAAUAGAGCACGUAAUAGUAGUGGUGGUGGCGGCGGUUUAACACCAAUUGGAUCACCAAUUACAAAAAGACCAACACCAACAAUGCAAUCAUCAACAACAACAACAACAUCAUCUUCUUCAUUACCAUUACCAAUGUCACCGUCAGUUUACUUAUCACCAACUCGUGUAAGUGGCAUUUGGUCAGGUGAGAGUGCAGGUGGUUGUGCUAAUACAACAUUAUGGCGUAAAAAUCCACAAUAUUUAUUACAAAUUACAGCAACAACUACAAUUCGUAUAACAUUACGUCAAACUGGUGAUAAAUUAGUUCAUAUUGGAUUUUAUUUCGCUCGUUCAAAUACUGGUGCCAAUGAUCAAUUUAGACGUAGAAUUACAUUGACUAAAGAAUAUUUAGUACCAGGUCUUGAUAUCACCUUUUUAAAGAGUACUGAAGUUUCUGCGAAAAUUACAAUGGAACCAGGUUAUUAUGUUAUCAUUCCAGCAACAUUUGAACCAAAUCAAGAGGGUAGCUUUGAAUUGGACGUCACCGCCACCUCUGAUAAUAUCGGUGGUCAAUAUAAUAGUAAUAACAACAUCAAACUAUCAGAGAUAAAAGGUGAUAGAGAUUGGAGAAUUAUAAGUGACCGUUUCGAAUGGAGAGGUUCAAGUGCAGGUGGCAGUUUUAGCGGCUCCUCUGCAACAUGGAAAGAUAAUCCAAAAUUCUUUUUCGAAACCACUCAAACUUCAAAUACCACCAUUGUGUUGGGCAAACUUUCAGAUAUUCCAAAGGAAACCUAUAUUGGGUUCUACAUUUUCAAAGCGGAUAAAAAUUGUCCAUUCAUUUCACUUACAGCAAAUAAUCUCUACUCAAAGACAAGCUUUGUCAAUGGUAUCGAGGUGGUUCACACUCAACAACAAAUGCCACCCGGUUGUUAUAUCAUUGUGCCUUGCACUUAUGAUUCACGUCAAGAGGGUAGUUUCACUUUGACUUGUUAUUCAGAUUGUCAACAAGGUUCAAUCUAUAAAUUGGAUCUUUCCGAACAGAUUCUCACAGUACAUGGUGAAUGGAGAGGUGCAACAAGUGGUGGUUGUUUAAAUCACACCACUUGGAGAAACAAUGCUCAAUAUCUCAUUCAUAAUACUUCCUCCUCACCAACAAAGGUAACGAUAAUGUUGGAACAAUUGGAGAAGAUGGAUAAUCAACAAUUACCAUUCGUUGGUUUCUAUGUUGCAAAAUCACCAACACCAAAUUUAGAUAAGAAACUUUUCUCUUUAACUCCAAAAGAUAUCGUUGGAAAUACAGAGUUUAUCAAUGAUUAUCAAGUUCAUUUCACUUCAAUUAUGGAACCUAAUACUUCCUACAUCAUUAUACCCUCAACUUUUACACCAGGCAUUGAGUAUCCUUUCAAUUUACGUGUUAUUACCAAUCAACAUAAUGUAAUUCAAAUAUCACGUUUACCAGAAUGGAGUACUCGUAAACUUUCUGGUGAAUGGAGAGGUCAAUCUUGUGGUGGUCGUUAUUCAAAUACUAGUUCAAGUUGGACACUAAAUCCACGUUUUAGAUUUAAUUUACCAAGAGGUGGUCGUUUCACUAUUAUAUUGGCUCAAGCUGAAAAACCAUCCUAUAAUGGUAUUGGUUUCUAUUAUUUUAAAACUUUACAAGAUGGUACACUAAGAGAAUUUGUUUGUAAAAGUGGUUUCAUUUGUGGUAAAGAAAUAGUUUUAGAAAGUUCAAUCAAUGAAGGUGUUACUGGUGUUGUAAUUCCUUCAACUUUUGAACCAAAUAUUCAAGAUUCUUUCAAUUUAACAAUUUAUUCAGAAUUUGAUUUAGAUUUUUAUAAUAAUUAA